AGGAGGAGGGGGAGGGGGUGUUAGGUUAGACAGUGAGAACCCCUGGAGGAGGAGGGAGACAGAGGGGCUGUCAGAGACGUCGAGGGAUCCCCAGAUGAGGAGCCAGAGACGGGCAGGGAUGGUGGUGAGCCCUGGCACCGCUGCAGGUGGAGGGGCCUCCCGUUUAGAGCGUCGUGCCACCCAGAACCAGUGCCCUUCUGGUGGCUCCAGCCCAGACAGCGCCCAGCAGACCAAAGCCAUCACAUUAGACAGCUCAGCCUGCAGUAGGAGAGACAGAGACAGAGACAGCCCAGAUGUGAUUCAACAGAUCCAGAGUGAGGAACUGCAGUCUUUCGGGGUUGCAGGUGGAGAAGGGGGUGUUUCCAGCUCCGGAGGAGGUGUGUCAGUCCCCUCAGACAGCCCCGGGGCCCAGAAGAAAGGUGGUGUGGCCAGCUCCGGAGGAGGUGUGUCAGUCCCCUCAGACAGCCCCGGGGCCCAGAAGAAAGGGGGUGUGGCCAGCAGCAUGAUGGACAGGAUCAAAUCCCCAGGAAUGGUCCGGAAAUCCCUUUCCAUGAAGAUGAAGAAACUCCCCGAACUCCGCCGUAAACUCAGCCUGCGCUCCUCGCGCUGCCAUCGCCACGGGAAGGAGGGGACGGGCCGAGGAGGAGGGGACGGAGGUGGAGAGGGGACAUCACCCCCAAACGUCCGUAAGGAGCAGUCCAACGAGGUGAUCAGCAGGUACCACCUGGACACUUCGGCCCCGGCGAGACCACAACGACGCUCCUCCAGGGGACGUUCCUCUGCCGCCAGUAAGGGGGGCUACCUGAGCGACGGAGACUCACCUGAGCUGCUGCCCAAACAGGGUGGACCAGGGGGACCCUCCUCGGCCCACAACCCCCCUCUUCCACCACCCCGCUCCACCCACCACUCCAGCCAGGAGGGAGUGACCAUGACCUCUGACCUGAGCUCGUUCAGAGUCUACAACCUGUCGGACCAGCCACGGUGCGCCCAGCGCGUCUCCGGCCUGCUCACGGUGCAUCUCGUUGGGGUGGAGAAACUGCUCAGGUCCCCUAAACAGGACGCCAGUAAGGAGGUGUUCUGUGCCAUCCAGGUGGAUGGUGUAACCAGGGCCCGUACCGGCCUGCUAACCUCCAGGGGAGGCUCCCUGCCCCUCAACCACACCUUCAACCUGGAGCUGGAGAGGGCCAGGCUGCUGAAACUGGUGGUGCUCACCCCUUACCCCGGGGCUGAGACUACCACCAUGAAGGGCAGCGACUCCACAGCAGCGACCAGGAACAGGGUCUGCUGUCUGGGGGCUGUGUCCAUACCCCCUCUGUUCAAAGCCUCUCGGUCUCAGCAGAUAUGCGUUAGAUUAGAGCCCAGGGGUCUACUGUACGUGAAGCUGACCCUGCUGGAGCAGUGGGAGCCCCCCGACCCCCGACCCUGCCACCUCAACCCCCCCAUGGUGUUUGGAGUGGAGCUGCGCCACCUGGUGGACAAGGAGAACACAGCUGCCCCCGUUCCUCUGCUCAUACAGAAGAGUGUGGCUGAGAUCCAGAAGAGAGGACUGAGGGUGGUGGGUCUGUACCGUCUGUGUGGUUCAGCUGCAGUGAAGAAGGAACUGAGAGACGCGUUUGAGAGGGACAGUGCUGCUGUCAGCCUGAAUGAAGAGGUUUAUCCUGACAUCAACGUCAUCACAGGCAUUCUGAAGGACUACCUACGUGAGCUGCCGUCCUCCCUUAUCACCAGGACCUUGUACGAGGUGGUUUUGGAGGCCAUGUCUCUGAGACCUCCUCCUUCUCGCUCCUCCCCUGGAACCUCCUCUCCUGGCAGGAGCGAGGGAGACGUACAGCGCUCUCAGAGCACCGUGGCCCUACUGCAAUGUCUGCCUGAACCAGAGAGGGCCACCCUCUCUCUGCUCCUGGACCAUCUGAGCCUCGUUGCCUCCUACAGUGACUGUAACCGGAUGAACUGUCAGAACCUGGCUGUGUGUUUCGGCCCGGUGCUCCUGACCCCCACCCAGGAGUCCUGGAGACCCACUGCACCAGGACAGGGCGGUCAGGGCGGGCGCGGGGGGAGCUGUGGAAGGGGCGGACGGAGUUUUGCUCACAGCGAGGAGAUCGCCAGUGCUGUGGACUUCAAGAGACACAUCGAGGCCUUGCAUUACCUGUUGCAGCUGUGGCCCAUUCCUACAGACAGAGUGACAGACAACCCCGACUCUCCCACCCUCCUCCAGCCCUCCUCCAGUUCAGACAUGCCUCCUUCCCCUCCCAGCCCCAUGCCCCAUAACCCCCUGCGGCGCUGCCAGCGUGGCCUGUCGCUACCUCUGGACCUCCCGGGGGACGAAGUGGGCGUGGUGUCGCGACGUGGACGGGGCCGACUGGAGAGCCCGCCCUGUAACCGGUAUGCUGGCGACUGGAGCGUGUGUGGGCGGGACUUCCUGUCCGGAGGCGAUGCGGACUACGAUGAGGUGGCAGGGAGCGACAGUGAGGAAGAGGAGGUGAAGAAGGUGGAGUGGACUCAGUACGUAGACGACUUAGUUCUGGACUUUGACGCCCCGUUUACCUGCAGACUGAGUCUCAAAGACUUUGAUACGCUGAUAUCAGACCUGGAGAGAGAGCUGUCCAAACAGAUGAACAUCUGUCUCUGAGAGGGAGAGAGCUGUCCAAACAGAUCAACAUCUGUCUCUGAGAGGAGAGAGCUGUCCAAACAGAUUAACAUCUGUCUCUGAGAGGGAGAGAGCUGUCCAAACAGAUCAACAUCUGUCUCUGAGAGGAGAGAGCUGUCCAAACAGAUGAACAUCUGUCUCUGAGAGGGAGAGGAGGAGAGGAGAGAGGAGAGGAGAGAGCUGUCCAAACAGAUUAACAUCUGUCUCUGAGAGGGAGAGAGAGGAGAGGAGAGAGGAGAGGAGAGAGCUGUCCAAACAGAUUAACAUCUGUCCCUGAGAGGGAGAGAGAGAGGGAGAGGGAGGAGAGGAGAGGAGAAGAGAGGAGAGAGAGAGAGCUGUCCAAACAGAUUAACAUCUGUCUCUGAGAGGGAGGGGAGGAGAGGAGAGGAGAGGAGAGGAGAGGAGAGGAGAGGAGAGGAGAGGAGAGAGAGAGAGCUGUCCAAACAGAUUAACAUCUGUCUCUGAGAGGGAGAGGGAGGGGAGGAGAAGAGAGAGAGAGAGAGAGCUGUCCAAACAGAUUAACAUCUGUCUCUGAGAGGGAGAGGGAGGAGAGGAGAGGAGAGGAGAGAGCUGUCCAAACAGAUUAACAUCUGUCUCUGAGAGGGAGAGGGAGAGGGAGAGGGAGGAGAGGAGAAGAGAGAGGAGGAGAGGAGAGAGGAGAGAGCUGUCCAAACAGAUUAACAUCUGUCUCUGAGAGGGAGAGGGAGAGAGGAGGGAGGAGUGGAGAGGAGAGGAGAGAGGAGGAGAGGAGAGGAAAGAGAGGAGGGAGGAGAGGAGAGAGGAGGAGAGGAGAGG